UCUUCCACUAGUUUCAGUCUUCACGCAUCAUAAUAUUCCAAACUAUGAAAAUGAAUAAACUAUACAAUAAAACGUCGUCGUCUCGUUCUCCUUCAUCAUCAUAGCGCCUCUUCUCCUCCUUAGCUUUUCUCUACUUUUUAGCUUCUUCAGUUCUGCUUUUCAGACAUACACAUAAACCAGCAGCUAAAACGAGAAAAACGGAAUCUUUUAUUUCAUUCAUUAUUUUAAUUCAAAAGUACAUAGUUUUUAAAAAAAAAUUAAUUAUCGUGAUGAGGGCGUUGAAUUCGCGGCUAGUUCUGAUCGACAUCAACAGCUCAUGGCAAGCUUCGCGCCGGUUAAUCUCCGCCACCACAACCGCUUUUUCAUCCGAUUCCUCCUCCUCAUUCCGUCGAACACGUGGUGCGCGUCAGAGGAUCGCUUCGUCGAAGUCUCCGGCGUCGUCGCCGUCUCCUGUUCGGAAACCAUCUGAUGGACUCAGCUUCGAUCUUCGGUCACCGUCAGCUGAUUCGUAUAAUUCCGCGUCGAUCUCAUCUCGAAGGACAUCGUCGACGGCUCCGCCUACGGUGGAGCUCGACGCUUUCCUCGAUAUUCUCCCUCCGACGACUAGGAAAGAGCUCGUUAAGCACGAGGCGAUCGAGGAUUUGAUCGAAGUGGUGAUGGAUUUAGGGAGGAAGCCAUUAGCUAGAUUCCCUUCCGGCGAUUGGGUGAUCUCAGAGCAGCCUGUGACCCACCAGGAUCUGGAACUUGCAGUAUCAAAGGUUGGUGAUUUUUCGGAUGAUAACAGAUCGGGGAUCGACAGAUCUUUGCAUCGUAUAAGCGCUAUACGUAAUCGCAAACUUCAAGUAAUUGGUCUAACAUGUCGAGUGGGUCGAGCUGUAUCUGGAAGUGCAGAAAUUAUAAGAGAUUUGAUUGAAGGAGGAGGAUCCAUCUUGGUCAUAGGAUCUCCCGGAGUUGGCAAAACAACUUUAAUCAGAGAAAUUGCACGGAUGUUAGCUGAUGAACACAGAAAACGUGUAGUGAUUGUUGACACGUCAAAUGAGAUUGGAGGUGAUGGUGACGUUCCCCAUUCUGGAAUUGGCCGUGCCAGGCGGAUGCAAGUUCCAAAUGUGAAUUUACAACACGAUGUGAUGAUUGAGGCGGUUGAGAAUCAUAUGCCUGAGACUAUCAUCAUCGAUGAGAUAGGGACUGAGCUUGAAGCUUUAGCUGCUAGCACUAUUGCUCAACGAGGUGUUCAGCUUGUUGCAACUGCUCAUGGGAUGACUAUAGACAACAUUAUCAAAAAUCCUUCUUUGCAGAUUCUUAUUGGUGGAAUUGAGAGUGUGACUCUUGGUGAUGAAGAAGCAAGGAAAAGAAAAGUGCAGAAGACAAUUCUUGAAAGAAAAGGACCUCCGACAUUUACUUGUGCUGUAGAGAUGAUUUCGAGAACUGAGUGUCGUGUUCAUCAAAAAUUAGAUAUCACCGUUGAUGCUAUACUAGCUGGGAAAUCCGCUCCAUUUGAGAUCCGUCAAAUUCGUGGCGAUGAUGAUGUUCCUCAUAAGUUAGUGACUCCCGUUCCUUUGGAGACCCUUGAAGAGGAGCCUGCACCAUUGCUCAACAGAGAUUUCGUAAGUGAAGUGCUGUCUGACGAUGAAGAUGAAGGUUAUCUUCCCAUUCAGUAUAAUAAGGCCAGUAGUAACACAUACACAAGCCCAAGAAGCUCGCCGGUUCAUGUUUAUACUUACAAUGUCCUUGAAGCUGAUCUCCUUCAAGUAGCUGAAGUUAUGGGCUUAGACGACGAAAUAGAAGUGACAGAUGAUGUUGGAGAAGCAGAUGUCAUUCUAGCAUCAAGUUCUGAAUUGAAACAGAACUCAUCGAUCCGUCGUGUUGCCAAAUUACACAAGCUACCGAUAUUUGUUAUUAAGUCAACUACAAUGGCUCAGAUGGUCAAGGCGGUCCGAAUGAUCCUUGGGAGAGAAUCAUUUGGCUCAGCCCCUAAAACCAUAGAGAAAUCUUCUGUUGAUGAUAUUGAGAUCAAAGAUGAUGCUCCUGAAAGCAAACCCAGUUUAGAAGAACUCGAUGCCCUCGAGGAAGUCCGUCUAGCAAUCGAAUAUAUUGUAAUCCCGGGAGGUGAACCAGUGGAGCUUCUUCCGAGACGGUCAGAUAUAAUAGUUCGGCAGCUAGAGCUGGUUGAGAGUUACCAACUCGCAGUUGAGAACCUCGGCACUCACCUUAAUCCGCGCCUUCAGAUACUUCCUCGCCGAUCAACCAAGAAGAUGUUGCCAUCUUCCUCUUCAAAGAGAGCAACAGAAGAUAGCAUGGGGAAUACCAUUACUCGUCUUCCUUUCCUUAAGGAUUGACAUCUCUGACUUCAGCCAUAUGGGCUACACUACGGUCUCUACGUUGAAGACUCUUGGACGUUGUACAUUUUACUGUAAGUCUUGGUAAAUAAACUGUUUAUGUUGUUUGUCAUUACCAAUUGUAAUUUUAUGUUUACAAAUGCAAUGCCUCUGUCUUCUUUACCCGAGGGGUAAUGUGUAACGUUGAGGAAACACAGGGUGCAAAUCUGUAGAUAUUUCCUUACCUCUCUUUAUAAAUAGAAAUUGUUUUAAGGAUAA